CGCUCGGCCCACCUCCGCGGCGAGGACCUCUCUCCCGACUUUUUUGGCGCAUAGGCACGUCGUCGACACAAACCUCGCGCGCCACUACCGAACAGACAAUGAUACGAUGGCGUUCAACAUCGGCAUAUUCAGCAUGUCGAAGAUGUCAAUGGUCUCUCAAUAACCAUGUCAGGCUGCGGCUUGAUUACCACUCCUCACAGCGGGAUGUCUCACCACCAAAAGUUACACGGCGAACCCGGCACGCCACCCGCGCUCAACCACAGUCAGAACUCGUUCCAAAAUCCUCGCCCGAUACAUUCGAUCCAUCCUUGAUCGGUUCAUCCACGACACAGCUCCCAAUUCGAGACCACCUUCGACGUUGGGACAUUGAGAAUGGUGGACCAGAUGAAGCAGUGCUCGACGUUUUCGAAAACCAUCCGGCAUCUGAGAACACUGGUAUUUCAAACGAAAUGUCACAGAAAUUGAGCAGUGCAAAAGCCUCAGACGAGCCAAGUGAUCAAUCGACGACUAGAGACCAAGAACAAGAUUAUAGUGAUGUUCUCACGAUCACACUUUUCCUAAACCCUGGUGAUGUGGUUGAGUUGGCUCAAAGUGGUCGUGAACCUGUGCUGGCGGUUUUCGUCAAGAGGUUGGACCAUCUUUGUCAAUUCUACACUGCCAAUGGCCGCUGGGUUCAUGACCUUCUCUCUCAUAUCAGCCAUGUGAUCCCGGCCGGCGUAGAUCCUGACAUGCUCACGCCCAUAAUACCCUACCUGCCUACCAAGCAAUUAGAUCCAACUAUGAAACCUGUCGAUGCUAUUCAAAUUCCGCCGGAGGUCGGUGCUCCCGUUCGAGCUGCUCUGCAUCGAUUGCAAGAUCAGUCCGAUGCGAUGUACCGAGAAAAUGCAUUGAUUCUCGAUAAGGCCUACUCAACAUUAGCCUAUCCUGAUCGAUCGCGAAAGAUGACCGCACAGCAGAUAGCACAGGCGCUGCUGGGAAAGAACAACUCCGACUGGAUACCCUCCGCUAGAGCAGUUUUAGCUGUGCGCAAAGCCCUCGCUCACGACCAUUUUCGCACGCCGCCCGAUAGAACCCAUAGCCGGAUGACCCAGCUGUACACAUUCAGACCCAAGAAUGAUGUCAAUGAGAUUGAAAAGGUGCUGGAAUGGGUUCGAGAGUACAAGGAACAUCAAACCCCAACGUCCAUCCGAGAAUCCCAUACAAAAAUCACGGCUACCAAGGGCGCACAGAACAUUUCCAGUUUCAUCGCCAAAGCACGUCGGCUGAUCUCUACGAGCCGGAAAUAUCGGGACCCUCAUCUAGGAUACAUCGGACCGAGCAACAAUGCGUCGCAGUCUUCGGUCGUAUCUGCCCAUCCCACAAUUACUUGGGGGGAGGAGUUCACAGAAACUGAUAAAAUGAUUAUUAAAAUGCUCAACGCCUGGGUCUUGAACCUUGCAUUCAAUCAAAUGGCUGAAUACCAUUCAGCCUGCAGCAGCAUUCUCAAUGCCGUUGACAAAUAUAGUCCACAGCAAAUGCAAACAGUUGCUUCGGACGCAGAAAUAGUCAUGGAUGGCUCUACAGGACAUCUGUUCCUACAGGAGAUCGGCGUGACUUCGCCUCAUAUCAAUCGAAAGCUUUACGAAGAACACGUGGGUAUGCCUAUGUCAGGCGUAUCUCACAACGUGCAACUGCUAGAAGCAAAAUCCGAAUUGGCCUUGAGAAAUCCUAAUUUUGUAGAUUCCAUGGCUGACUUUCGUGAAAACUGGAGUUCCAUGCCUAUCUGGUGCAUUGAUGAUGCCGAUGCCAAGGAGAUCGAUGACGGGAUUUCUAUCGAGAAGGUGGAAGGCAAGGACCCCGGGUAUUGGAUUCAUGUUCAUGUUGCAAAUCCAACCGCUUUCUUCACCAAAACCCACGUUCUUUCAGGCCUUGCCGCACACAGGGUCCAGUCCGUAUACACACCAAGUGUCAACUUUCCAAUGCUACCUUCUUGGUUGCCGCAGGAUUAUUUCAGCUUGCAGAAUAACCGUCCUACAAUCAUCUUUAGCUGUCGUAUAGAUAUGUCCGGCAAUAUUCUGGAUAAAAAAGUGCAGCAUGGAAUCGUCCGAAACGUCAAAUCAAUCACCUAUCGCGAACUUUCCGAGUACCUAGGUGAAAGCGAUCUUUUUGCCGCCGAGAAUCCUUUCCACCUGUUAGUUGGCGGAAAGCUUCCUGGGAAAUCUCGCCGCCCUUUGCCCCCUCGUUCAGAUCAGGAACUCGAGAACAUUCGCGAUCUUUACUCGGCGGCCAAAGUGCUGUGGACAGCUCGUGUGGCAGCUGGAGCCUUUGCACUGGACAGAAGUGCGGAACGCAGUAAUCAGAUCCAGGUUUUCCAAACGCCCCAGACCCCAGGUUUGGCUGAACUGCCACCCUCGAUGGAUAAAGCUCGAUUUCUUCAUGGAGACCCGAUCAUAAACGUCACGGCUGAUUUGACGGGAGCCAAGCUCGCUAGUUCUAUAACCUCGCGCCAAAUCGUUGAGGAAAUGAUGGUGCUCGCAUGCUCAGUGGCUGGCUCUUGGUGUGGUGAUCGAGGCAUACCUUGCUACUACAGAGGCACAAUCGAACAAUCCGCGCCCGGACCAGUUGCGACUAUGGAGCAGAUACAGCGUCAACUCAUAUAUCCCCAAGUCGAAGAGCUUGGGUAUAUAUCACCGCCCGCUUUCAGGCUCUUAUAUGAACAAAUCGGUCGAUCAAUCGCCCAUCACGCUCCCAUGAAACACAACGCUUUGGCUGUUGAGGCCUAUACUAAGGUUACAAGUCCAUUACGGCGAUUCACCGAUAUGAUGGGUCAUUGGCAGAUCGAGGCGGCUAUACGUUGGGAAGCACGCACUGGCCGCAAACUGGAUUCAUCCGUCACAAACAAUCCCUCGGACUCACCUCUCCCGUUUUCAAGGCGGCAGGUGCAAGACUCUUUCUACACUGUGCUUCCGCGGGAGACAAGCAUCAGAAACGUGCAGCGGUCUUCAGGCCAUCUGUGGAGCUUACAGGCCUUCAUGCGAGCUCUUCACUUCGGUGAAGCAGCUUUACCAGAAACAUUGAAGGUCUGGGUGUCAUUCAAAACGGUCGGAGUAACGCACGGCGUAAUACCCGGCUUGGAUAUCGGGGUUGUCUUGCUACCGAAAGACGCUGAUGCUGUCCAAACUGGAGAUCAAUGGGAGUGUAAAAUUGUGACAGCCAAUGCGUACGAACGGCGCCUUGCUUUUGAACCUGUCCGAUUGCUCUAUCGUCAACCCCAACUAAACAUAGACUCCGUCUAA